CAUUUGUGAAGCGACAUUUCUAAGUUCAUACUUACGUUUUAUUAUUAAGUGCACAACAAAGCGACAUUGCGAUGGCUGGACUAAAAGUCUUAUUUUGCUGGCACUGGCCGGUUCAAUUGGGAUAACAAUGCUGAUAUUGGCUUGUGCCCUUCCUGCCUUCAACAAUUGGUGGCCUUUGAUAGUAGUAUUAUUUUAUAUAUUUUCGGUACUUCCGACAUUUAUGGCGCGACGCUAUACACAAAACUCAUAUGCGGCUGGUGGUACCGGCUGUCAUGAAGUGUCGAUUUUCGUCACAAUGGGAUUUGUUAUCAGUGCAUUCGCAUUACCACUUGUACUAGCGCGUUCACAAAUUAUUCAUCUUACAGCCGCAUAUCUAACGCUUGGGGGAAAUUUGGUGAUUUUCGCAACCAUUUUCAUAUUUUUCGUGUUAGCUGAACAAGAUGAUGCUUCAUAUGGAGGCGGUUUCUAAGAAACACCCUGUUGAUUUUGUUAACACAAAUGCUCCAAAUUUAUACAAACUUAUUUUGAAUCUUUUUUUUCCUUAAUUAAUUUACGCUAUGGUAUUCAGAAGAAAAAAAAUGUAAUGAGAUAAAAGUACACACACAUAAAACACAUACACACACAAAUCUUGCAACAAAAUGAAGUACACUGGAAUAAUAAUAUUUUAUACCGAAUUAGCCUAAACGUUUAGAGAUUCUAUUUUUAGUCGAAUAAAAGGGAAAAAAGAAUAAUUUCUAAAAA